AUGUGGCUGCCCCAGCUGGAGGGGGAUGUCCGGCUGCGCCACACCUGCGAACAGAGCGACGGUCUCCCCCGCUACGGCUGGCUGCUUCAUGAUGGCACCCAUUUUGGGGUGCAGGAGAUCCGAGACUUCGGUUUCAGCCUGCAGACGGAGUUUGUGAAGCGUCCCGGUGGCCAGCACGGCGGAGACUGGAGCUGGAGAGUGACCGUUCGCCCAGAAAAGACAGGCCCCAAGCCCCAGUUUGUUUCCCUCCUCUUCUACAUGGCCACUGAUGGGCAAGGAACGCUACAGCCUCUCAUAGAGGAAAAGAGUCAGCUGGCGUCGCUAAGAGGACAGACGGAAGAACUGGGGAACUUCACUGUGACUUUCAAGCAGCCCACCACUGAGGCCGGCAGCCCCCUUUAUGCCAGAUACAAUUACCUGCAGGCGAAGGCGGAAGGGCUGCAUCGCCUGACUGAUGUGGUGAAAUCAAGCCUGACUCCGCGUUUUUUCUACGCUCCGCCGGGGCUCCCCAAGCGGUACUACUUUGGCGUGGACGCCUACCACGACCGAGCAGGGGACAGAGAGUUACGCAGCCAGCUCCUAGUUCACCAGGUGACAGUGGCUGUGCCCUGCCGCGUGGAAGUGGCUUUUGAGUCGGGCAGCGUGCCUGACCGCCCUGACCGGCUCCUGGCAGAGACGCUGACGCGAGAGCUGGACAAACACGUGGCCACCUUUGAGCGGCGCUUUGAGGAGAGCUUCGGCCUCUCCAGCAAGGGCUUCUCUGGGCAGGAGCAGCACUUUGCCCGGGCUCUUCUCAGCAACAUGCUGGGCGGGAUGGGCUACUUCUAUGGGCACUCGUGGGUGCAGUCCCCCCACACGGAGGCCCCCCAGCCGUACCCUGUGGGGUCUCUCUUCACGGCAGUGCCCUCCCGCUCCUUCUUUCCCCGGGGCUUCCUGUGGGAUGAAGGCUUCCACCAGCUCCUCCUGGCCCGCUGGGACCCAGCCCUGAGCCGGGAGGUGCUGGCUCACUGGUUCGAUCUCAUGAAUGCUGAGGGCUGGAUUCCGCGCGAGCAGAUCCUGGGGGACGAAGCCCUGGCAAAGGUGCCCCCGGAAUUUGUGGUGCAGCACAGCCAGGCGGGCAACCCCCCAACUUUGUUCUUGGUGCUGCAGCAGCUGCUCAGGCAGGGAGCGGUGGAGCAGGACUACCUCCGCCGCCUUUAUCCUCGCCUGCAAAGCUGGUACAGCUGGUACAAUCACACGCAGGCGGGACCCUUGUCCUACACUUUCCGAUGGCGUGGCCGGGACCAGGAUACUCAGCUUUUCCUGAACCCUAAGACCCUGACCUCUGGGCUGGACGAUUAUCCCAGGGCCUCCCACCCCUCGGAGGACGAGCGGCACCUGGAUUUGCGCUGUUGGAUGGCUGUAGCCUCCGCUGUGAUGGCCGAGGUGGCCACACGGGUGGGAAAACCGGAGAGCGACUACGCGCACAUGGCCAAGUGGCUCGCAGACAAUGAACUGCUCGAGCGGCACCACUGGUCGGAGGCUCUGAGCACUUUUGCUGACUAUGGCAACCACACCCAGGCGGUGGCCCUGGAGCGCGAGCGUCUUCGGCCCCCUCCUCCUGGCCAGCCCUCGCCCAUUCCAAGGCUGGUCCGAGUGGUCCGCAAGUCACCCCGCCUGCAGUUUGUGGGAGGGGCCCUUGGCUACGUGAGCCUCUUUCCCCUGCUGCUGCAGAUCCUGAGCCCCGAUUCCCAGCACCUGGGCAGCCUCCUGGCUGACCUGAAGAACGAGCAGAAGCUGUGGACGCCCUUUGGCUUGCGUUCCCUGUCGCGCAGCAGCCCCUUCUACCUCAAGCACAACACAGAGCACGACCCCCCUUACUGGAGGGGAGCCAUUUGGAUCAACAUGAACUACCUUGCAGUGCGGGCUUUGCAUCACUACAGCCAAGCAGAGGGGCCCUACCGGGAGGAGGCUGCCAGGCUGUACCACGAGCUGCGCACCAACGUCAUUGGCAACGUCCUCCAGCAGUACCUGGACUCUGGCUAUGUUUGGGAGCAGUAUAACGACCGCACAGGCCGGGGGCAAGGGUGUUACCCCUUCACAGGCUGGUCAGCUCUGGUUGUGCUCAUGAUGGCAGAAGAAUACUGAUCGGCCUGCU